CUUCUCUCCAACCAUCGCUCCAUCACCAACGAAGCUAGAGCUUAUGCUUCAUCUAAGCCACAGCUGACCCAUUGCCCAUUGCCCUUUGUUGGCCUAUUGUGCAUACCCAUGCAUACAUGUACCUGGGGGCGCCGCGAAAGUACAUACAGUUUCCAAGGAACGGUAAUCAACACUGGUCGUCUUGGGUUACCAAGCACCUGCGCGAACCACUUUGGCAAAGAUGAAAGGGGUGGAACAGUACAAGACGUAUAGAUUAUCAUGUGAUCUGUAGUGUCUAUGAUUAAAAAAGAUUAUACUAUGUUUUUGUUUUACCACUUACAGUCUGUCUAUAGAGAAACCCAGCGAAAUUUUAGGGUAAAAACGAAUGUGACUAAGCAAUGUCUCCGCGUUUAGAUUGAGUCAACCCCUUCCUUAGAAAUUAAAGGUUCCUUCCACUGACAUCUUAGUAGGUUGUUUUAAGGUCAAAGUACACCCGGCUAUUAAAGGCUACCCUGGGAGACUACGCACUUGUUCAGUAUCCAAAACUUUUCACCUUUGUUUUCUCAGGAUCGUCGCCCUCUUCUGAACAUUCCUUUACAUUGCAAGUUGUUAACAGCACGACAGGAUGGAUGAUUCGGGCACCUAUGCGGGUGGAUUCGAGCAGGAGACGGGUGAAAGUGCGUCCACGCCUGCGGUGGAAGACUCUAAAGUGCCCGAGACGGCAAUAGUCAACAAGGCGUCCCCUGACGAUGGCGUGUCGGGCCCGCCUGCAGCGGCCGGAGACGUGCCCGACACGGCAGGUGCCGGGAGUAAAGGGGUGGACGAAGCGGACUCGGCGGCUAUACUGGAUGAGCUGGUUGAAGACGAAAUGGAGCCGGAGGUUAGUCUGAGGGACUCCGGGAUCGGACUGGAUCCACAGCCGUCGCCGAGUUCCACCACAGAAGAGCCCAAGGCUCAAGUUGCCGAGAAGGGUCCAGUUCUCGUCGUCGAGGACGCACCAGUGCAAGCACAACCGGCUCCUCAGCUCGACUCUCAGCCCGCUGAUGCUGAGUCUGUACAGGAUUCGAGCACUGCUAACUGCGACGACACGAAACCUUCAGAAUCAGACACAACACAAGAUCCUACUACGCCCAAGAACGACACGGAUCUGCAGUCAGAGAACGAUAGUUUGAAAGAGAAGCUGAAGGCCAUGAGAGGAGACUACGAGGAGAAAGUCGGAAUCCUGGAACUCCAGUUGGACGAGGAGAAGGAGAGAGUUGAAGAGCAAGCCAGAAGGAUCAAAGAGCUGCAGAAACUGCUGAGGAAGCAGCAAGACGACGACUUGGCGUCCCAAGGAAGCGGCGAUAUCAAGGAGAAGGCGAAGGCAGCUGCUUCCCUACGGUUGGAGAGGGACUUUCUGGUCAGGCAGUACAGCGAGGGGAAGAGCACGGAGGAGUGUCUGAGGCAAACCAUCGCGGACAUGUUAGAGGAGAAAGAAAAGGACGAGCAGAAAAUCAACGACCUGGACGUGAGGUUGAAGAGAGCGACCAAGGACCACGAGGCGAAAGACAAGAGGCUGAGUCAGUUACAGGCGGAACUUGGAGACGUUACAGCGCUGGUGACUCAGUUAGAAGAACACAUGGACAGGGUCAAGGUGGAGGAGGCACGGCGGAAUAUCAAAGCUAACAAGACACAGACUGAGGCAGAGUCUUCUGUAACAAACAACGAACAAUCGACAGUUUGUACCAUCUUGUGAGAGAUGUAUUUAUAACUGUGUUCUCGUGAUAAAGUAAUCUGCCGUUGUCACUAAGAGCACGUAACAAAAAAAAAAUUACUUUUGAAUGAUUUACUAAGGUACAUAUUUAUCCGCAUUGUGCUUUGUAUUUAAUAUUUCCCUGAGCACAUUUCGUUUUUUUGGACAUGACCUGUUGAUGUCAAAGCUGAAUCCGCGUCGUAGAAACUCCUGAACAAAACUGAGCUGAUGUUUGAACUACCGCUAUGUCUAGCUAAUUUCAUAAACGUACCACAAAUUAAUACCUGUUUACAUGUGUACAUUUGAACCAAAGUCUACCAAAGAAUCGUUAUAGCUAUUAAGCCACCUUCCAAAAAUGUCUCAUUAUUGGAAACACACAUAGUUGUUUCAUGAAAAAAAAUUGUAAAUACAGGCAUUCUGAAUUAUAAAAGAGGGCUUCUUUAUUGGAAGUUGAAUGACUGAAAGAAUACAUUGUGUAAACGGUUGUCAAGCCUUUUUUUUCGAUUCUCUGUUAAGAGAUGGAACAAAAGACCGAAACAAAGUAGAACCAGAAAUACCCCCACUUCUCCGAGUUUAAAAGCCGAGUAGCACUUUUUUAAAAGCCGAGUAUCACUUUCCAGGGAUAAUACCUAUUCAUAACGACAGAGGAAGUGGAAAACAACCUUUCGACGAGAGCACCAUUGUGCCGUAUGUAUAGAACUAGUACAGGUACGACAAAGGACUGGCCUUUUCCCGUCAAAUAUCUGUUUGUCCACGCCUGGUUUGAUAUUUACUUCAACAACAGUGUCUCGGCUUAACUUGUCCAACACAGCAACGCCCAGCGGGGCUAGUUCAGGAAUUGUUGAGAGGGUCACUUAGAUUGUCUGUAUUUUAAGCCUAAUUUGGCAGUCGGCUUUUAAGGGUGGCUUUGUUUUAUCAAAAUGUGUUGCUUUUUCUUUGAGGUAUACUUGUUCAAAACGUGUGUGGCCCGUCUCCGUAGUGGAUAAGAAACCGAGCACAAUGUGAACUAAUAGAUGCCAUCAGAAGAAAAAAAAACACCCUUCAGAGUACAGACCCUAAAGCUGCAGCUGAGGCCGAUUCACUGUGUCAACCGAAACGACGUAACUUUUCCCUGUGUCAGUAUUUCUGCCGAUAAAUAAUGGGAAGGAAGCGGUAUGAAGAAGUGUAAAAUACAUAAUGUAAAAACUGGACACUUCAACCCUUAACGUUACAGUGUGAGAUCAGUUUUAUUAGAACACCUGCCCAUGUACAGGAAACCGACGUCUGCACCGUCCCCGGUAGUGGUAUAUGUGUCGUGCCUUGUUACGAAAGGGUGAGGGAUGUCUUGGAUACCUGUCAAUGUUUGGUUCUGUCACAUGCACAGCCUGCUCGAAAAGUCUACACCAAAAUCAUACAGCGGCUGACUCCUUUAUCUCGCCGUUACCGGAGAGUGUUCGUCUUAUCUUCCACCUCCUGGCAAAUAUUUUGGCAAACCUUUCCGUCCAUUUCAUGCUGAUUCAGCUUGUACAGUAUGACUUUGCCAGCAGUUGUGAGUUCAACAUUGUUGUAUUUCUAUCCCAAUAACGGAGUUUUUAAUCGUAGUGCAACAAAUGUGACCAGGCCCCUAACUGAUGAUUUUUAGGAGUGGGUAACGAUAGGACUUCGGUAUUAUGUUCAUGAUGAUGAUGA